AUGCAGCCGCCGGCGGUGGCGGCCGAUGCCGUAUCCAAGGUGCUUGACAACGAUGACCUUCUCAUCGAGAUCCUCCUCCGCGUCGGCUUCCCCACCACCCUUGUCAACGCCGCCCUCGCCUGCAAGCGCUGGUUAGGGCACGUCUCAGACCACGCCUUCCUCCGCCGUUUCCGUAAGCUCAACCCACCUCAUCUCCUGGGCUUCUACAUAAAGUUCAGACCCAAUUACCUUCGGACCAUUCCAACAUCCUUCAUCCCGAUGUUGCCUCAACCCCCGGAGCUCGCUUCCGUCGUCCGCCACGCAAGCUUCGGCUUGGAUGCCUACUUACGGCUAUCGCCCGAAAUAUUAGACUGUCAAAAUGGCAACGUGUUUGUCCGCUUGUUCGACCGUUGGACUGGGAGCUGGAGCAGAGGCAGAGUGCACCGACCUUUGUGCCGCAAGAGAGGCUUGACCUUCAACCCACCACUCUUAUACCCAAAGCUCCAAAGUAACGGAUCCUGUCGUUCAAUACAAUUCCUUUCCAAAGAAGAUGGGGAUGGUCUGUCCUGCUACUACUUGUAUGUGGAGGAGACUAUAUCCGGUAAACCAGAAUCUAGGCUGCACGUGUAUAUGUUGCAAGAUGGUGUUUGCCGCAAGCAUCAUCUUUUGGACCAACUCCCUCCCGUGCCUUACGAACCUAAGGUUGUGCUUGCCGACAACAAAAUUUAUGUCCCGGCAGGCAUGAGUGACAUCAUCAUCUUGGAUUUAACGACCUUGAGUUUCUCCACAAUCCAGCCUCCGCGGGGCGUGGUGCAUAGCAAGGUCGGCACCACUAUGUUGGCACGGGAUGGUGACGCUUCUGGUGUUUAUCUUAUCCAUGUCGAGGAGCUUCAACUACGCAUUUGGCUCCACAAGGGAGACAACAGCUGGUUGCUCAUCGAUUCCAUUUGUUUGCAUGAGAUGUAUGCUAAUUUGAAGAUGUCAGGUUGCAUGGUGAAGGAUGAGCAUACUAUUCGUCUCAUGAACCAAGUGGUGGACUAUGGCGACUUUCUAUUCUUGGAGAUGGGCGGAUGCGUACUUCACUUGGAUAUCAAGUGCAGGACACUACGUAAAGUAUAUGAAAUAACAAAUGGUUGUUUGGUUGACAUCUAUCCUUUUAUGAUGAUCUGGCCUCCCACGUUUCCCAUGCUCAAAUAUGAUUCUGAAAGGUAUAUGAUUGACUCGCUUGGGCAUUUUGACAAUACUAAUUGA